AUGGCAGAGACGGGGAAUGAGGUCGUUUUAGAUGAAGUGCCCUCGUCAUACAAGUCAAACAACCCUUCAGACCAAACAGUGAACUCCGUUGAGGCGUCAUUGAGAUUAAUCGAUGAUCUUAAGUUCUUCUUAGCCACGGCACCUGUCAAUUGGCAUGAGAACCAGGUCAUCAGAAGAUACUUUCUCAACAAGGAAGAGGGGUUCGUGUCUUGUGUGUACUGGAACAACUUGUACUUCAUCACGGGAACCGACAUCGUGCGCUGUAUCGCAUACAAAAUCCACCAUUUUGGUCGAACCAUAAUUGAUCGCAAGAAGUUCGAGGAAGGAAUCUUCAGUGACUUGCGUGCUCUCAAGUGCGGCACCGACGCCAUCCUGGAAAACCCAAGGUCACCUUUUUUGAAGUUCCUCCACAAGAACCAAUGCUUACGGACUCAGAAGAAACAAAAAGUCUUCUUUUGGUUCAGCGUACCCCAUGAUAAGCUCUUUGCAGAGGCUCUCGAGAGAGACCUCAAAAAGGAGUAUGGAAACCAGCCGGCCACCACUAAAGCCGUUUGUGAGCCAUCUCUAUCAAUGACAUUUGAUCAUUCCAUCCCUCUAACAGAUCAGAUUAUGAAACAUAUCGAGAAAGACGGAGGUGCCCGUAGAAACGAUGUCUAUGAUGCCGAUGCAGACACAAAGACUGAACAGGUGGUCAGAACUCCGGUCAGCGACCAGAAGCCAGUCGGGAAGUUCCAACCAAUUAAGGAGGAACAAACAAACAACAUCUCCACGGACGAUGAAGACUUCCCACUAGACUUCUUGCCAGCUGAAUCAUCCGGCCGCGACCAUUAUCAAUACGGUACAACACCUGAUGGCACAUGCAUCAGCUACGGCCACCAUCCAUCUUUUUACAUGGACCCUUCCCUCUAUGCUCCGUCUCCUGGGAAGUACUAUUUUAUGGACGAUUACCUAUUGGACCAAGCCACACCGGUCGUUCCAGUUAUGGUUGGAUCUCAGCAACAUAGAUAUCAAUCUGGAGGUCCACCAUCGGCAACGAACCCGCUGAAUUUGCGCAUGACCCCAAGGGUUGCAAGUGCCUCUUUGCGCGCUGCAACCCCAAAGAGUGCUACAUUUUCGCACGCCGCCCACGCGGCCGCCUACGCUCACGCUUAUUCCCAGCAACAGACUCUCCAGUUAGUUCCAUCGCCAACAUCGUUGGUCAAUGGAAACAAUCCAGCCGCAGAAUCUAGGUCUCAGUCGCGUUCAGGUAACAGCGACAAAGAAGAUUCCAAGUCUGCUCCGCAGGUGCUUUUAAGCUACCCAUCGUAUCCAACAAGCAGCAGUGCUUUGCUUGACAUGGAGACCGAUCCGUUCCAGCACCAGGCAAUGCUGCAAUUGUCGUCUGCCGGACACUUUCCGUAUGGGUUGUACGGACCAUCGCCAUACUAUUCCGAAUUCCCAUCCGUUCCGUACGCGCAACCAAUGUCAGCAGCUAUUUUCCAAUCUCCGGUUCUUCAGUAUUUUGGAUCGUCGAAAGGAUACGCCACAAUGGACACAUCUAAUCAGUCGCACCAAUACUCUUCCAAUGGUAGGUUGAAAGAGAGAACCACUCCAACGAGUGCUUUAUCUAACGUUCAAACUACCAGGAACGGAAAGGCGUUGCCCAAAGGUAUUCUUGUCCGCGACAAAGUGCCUACAGUAAACGGGGGCCGUGUUACAAAGAACGUGAAGGUUAGGGGUAAGCAAAAGCUGAUGAAUCCGUCGUUGCAACAUCUUGAUCUGGACAGCCUUUACGACGAGAACGGAGAGGCGUACAGCGAUGCGAGCGACGAGGCGGAAAACAGGGUUUUUGUAAAACAUGAGCACGAAACCAUGGACGACGAGAGCUGGAGAACGAGAAACGAACAAAAUCCUGCAUCGUUGACCCCGAAGGGACUAGUUGAUGCUAGUGUGAGCAUGUCUAAUUCCGACACCGGGUCAAGAAGCUCGCCUGAAGAAGAUGGCUCUAUGGGGCUUGAUCCUUCCAAGAGUGAGAAUGAUGAUUGA